AAGACCGCGAAAAGAAUUAUUACCCCAUUGAGAAUUGUUUUUGUUUACGGUUUAGUGUGAAGGAAUUCUCAAGGAUUAAAGAGAUUAGAAAGUCGUGUAUAUAAUUGUAUAUUGUUCAUUAUCACUUAAUGACUGUGUGUCUUGUGAAUGUAAUGGGUUGAAGAGAUGUGAAUCCGAAGAUGGAUGUGUACCCAAGUCCACGACCAACCCCCCAAUUUUUUCUAGAACCUCAGACAUUCUCCACCAAAAAGGCUCGUUCAACCCCAAGGAAUUGUGGUCCACCAAGACCUCCGGUUAAAAGUGCCCCUCCCAUCAGCCGAAUAUUUCACCACCGUCCCAUUGAGAGGGCCCAGGUAGUGUCAUUUCGCAGUGAUGAAGGCAGUAGAUCAUUUCUAGAAAACCAGUACAAUAGAAACAGCCACCAUCUGUACUUUGAACAAGGAUUUAAAGUUAUAAAUAGACUGGGAUAUGGAUCUUUUGGAGAGGUUUUCAAAGUCCAGAGCAAAGAGGAUGGCAAGUUUUAUGCAAUAAAGAAGUCUCGAGAUCCUUUCAGAGGAGAGUCAGAUAGGAAAAGAAAAUUUGAAGAAGUAGCAAAGCAUGAGACGUUACCACCACAUCCGAACUGUGUUCGUUUCUACAGGGCCUGGGAAGAACGACAGCAUUUGUAUAUCCAAACUGAGCUCUGUAAGCUAAGCUUGACAGACUACACUGAACAGAAUCAUGAUUUAUCAGAGACAACCAUAGCUAACUACUUGGUUGAUUUACUGAUGGCAUUAAAACAUUUACAUGACCAUAAUCUGGUUCAUAUGGACAUCAAACCAGAUAAUAUUUUCAUAUCCUUUGAUGAUAUCUGCAAACUUGGAGACUUUGGUUUAGUGUUGGACCUUACAAAGGGUAAUGAUAUAUCUGAAGCCCAAGAAGGAGAUCCAAAAUACCUGUCUCCAGAGCUUAUGGAGGGCAAGUUUGGAAAGCCUGCUGAUAUAUUCAGUCUUGGUAUGACAAUACUGGAGUUGGCAAGUGACCUUGAUCUUCCACGGGGUGGAGAAGGGUGGCAUAUGCUACGCUCUGGACAACUACCUGAAGAAUUCCUAAGAGACAAGUCUUUUGACCUCAAGUAUGUGAUACAGCAAAUGUUAGAUCCUGAUCCAAAGGUUCGACCCACAGUAGACCAAGUGCUAGCUUUUCCAUAUGUCAGAAAAGUAUGGAAGAAAAGACGAAGAGAGUACAUGUACAAAAGAGCAGUAAAUGCAUUGUCAGCCUUGCUGCAUAGCAUACUAGCCUUUUUGUUCCUGAUCACCAGUGUGUUCACACCAAGUUAUUGGAGAAACUCCAGACUUAGUGUUGCUUCUAGCAGCAAACAUAACAGCAGUUUUAGUAACCACAGCUCCAGUGGACUUGAUCACGGUAUUUCUGAUGAUGAAUGCUUUGAGGAUGAUCUGAGCAUACACAAUAACUCCAUGGGGUCACCUUUAGACAGCUCCUCAGGUGACAGCUUCAGUGAAUUCAUCGUUCCUUGUAAACCUCCUCCAAGAAGAGCAUUCACAUCCCCAGUGUCAAGACAACGACCUUUGAACUAUGUUAGUCCUCCAAUGAGUUCCUCUCCUUUGUUUUGCAAAUCCAGAAAACCAGAUACGCCAAACACCAGCUUUGAGAGCAGUUUUGAAGAUGAGCGAUCUGUCACACCUACUUUCAACAGUAGUAACAAUAAUCUGAUGGAGGGUGGAGAGGAGAGUAACAAAGUCAGCAUCGAACCCAAGAAUCUGAUGGAUAUGUUUGAUGCUACGAGUGAUGAAGAUUAGUGCAUUGUUGAAAAUCAGUGGAUGUUGCUCAGCACCAAAAAGUAUUAAGCUUGUAGACUUUGAGUUAACUGCUGUUUUAUGUGUUCAACCAGCACCGACUGCCUCAAAGACUUCACCGAAAUGUGUUCAGUAAGAAUGCCAGCUUCAGGGGAAGCAACAGCUGUGAAUAGUGCUUCAUUAUUUGUGUUGUGUAU